AUGGGAAGCGGAGCGCGACGAGCAGCGCAGGAGGCGGCGAGGGCUACUGCCCCUACGCGGGCCGCCCGGGGAAUUCUCCGCCCAGCAUCUUCUGCGGCGGCGCCUGCUGCAUCGACUCGGAGUACCCGUGCUGUGGAGGCAAGAUGUGCUGCAAGAGGGGAGGGUGCUGUUCCAGCAACGGGAGGUCCCACUGCUGUUGAGGGCGUGUUCAGUGUCAUUUCUCCCAAGGCAAUUCCAUCCUGGGUGCCAACUAGAUUACAGUAA